AUGGACGACGUGAUCUCCUCUCCGCCAGCGCCCAACAUCCUCAAGCGUGCUGCACCCGAACACGAACACGAUCGUACUCCCGACACGAAACCACUCAACCUCAAAGGAUCACAAUUCGUCAUGCCAACACCUCCAGACACCGACGGCUCUAGCAAUACAAGUCCAGACGUGAGCAUCAACAAUGACGACCGAGAACGUGGAGGGUCUCCUGCUCCCAGCAGUGCCUUGAGCAGCAUCGGCGAGGUCAAUACUGGUGAUGCCAGCUCGAUUGCCGGACCCUCCGCUACCAGCAAUCGAGGAUCCGGUCCUCCUCCCGCCAAAAAGAGGAAGACACUGACACCCGCCGAGAAGUUGGAGCAGACCCGGUCGAAGGAGGCCAAGGCACGUGAGAAGGCGGAAAAACAAGCACAAAAGGAGGAAGAGAAGGCGCGAAAAGACGAGGAGAAACGUGUCAAGGAUGAAGAGAGGCGGAAGGUCGCUGAGGAGAGGGAAGCAAAGAAGCGGGAGAAAGAGUUGGAGGUAGAACGCAAGGCGCAGGAGAAGCUCAACAAGGAGCGAAAGCAGAUGAGGCUAGGCGCGUUCUUUCAAGCUCCCGCUACUCCAGCGAAGGCAGAUGAUGGCGAUGAGACGCAAGCAGGCAGAACUAGGAGAAAGUCCUUGUCUCUUGAGCCAUACGAUGCUGUUGCAGAGAGGAUCCGUGCUGCAUCUCCCAUGAAGGGAACUCCUCCGCCAGCCUCAGCAAAGAAAACACUGGAUGCCACGCCGACCAUUUCAGACUACCACAAAACCUUUCUUCCUUUCGAUUUGCCGACGUACAGCAUGCUUGCGCCGCUGGUCCAGACUUCCGAUGACGCACAGGAGCGCUUCGAUCACGAACUGAACGAUCCGUCCCUGAAGGAGAAGUACGAUUUGGGGAUCGAAGGCAGUUACGCUGGUCUGACUGAGUACUUUGCCGACUCACGCUCUCGCACUCGUGGAAUUCCGGUCACGAGCGUGAGGGAGCUUGCUGAGGCCAUCGAAGGAACAUCAAAAGCACCCAUCGACUUGACAGAGGAUGGCCUUGGAGUCACUGCACUGGAUGUUCUCAGGAGGAUUCCCAUCCGACAUCUGCAAUUUCACGAGGACGUGCGGCCGGCUUACUGUGGCACAUACACCAAGAUCAAAUCGCCACGAACAACCACGAAAAUGAGGCGCAACCCCUUCACACGUGCCCGCAAGGACACCAAUUACGACUACGAUUCUGAAGUCGAGUGGGAGGAGCCCGAAGAAGGCGACGAAGAAGUGCUUUCUGAAGAGGAAGAUGAGGCUGACAGUCAAGUCGAUGCUGACGAGAUUGACGGCUUUCUCGACGACGAGAACGACACCGCAAAAGUCAAGCGCAAGAUCACGACCGGCGAGCUAGUUCCAGAGACGACAGGAUUGUGUUGGGAGAGCAAAGCUAAUCGGAUCUGCGUGGUGGAGAGCAUUGAGACUGAUCAGCAGCCACCCGCAAUGUCUGGCAUGAGGAUGGGUUGGUUGAUUGCAGGGUUCGCAGGCGCGACAAUCGAUCCAUUCUCCACAGCAUACUGGCAGGACGCUCCGUCAGAGAUCGCCGGGCCCACUUUGAUGGCGCCGCCGAGGGCUCCACUCCAGCCACGACUUGAUCUGGGAUGUAACGCUAUUCAGCCUGCGAGCAGUCUCAUCGGCGCUGCCGAAGGACAGAAAGGUCCCAUCACCAGUCUUGCAGCCAGCCAGGGCGCUAGGCGCGGACCUAAGCCAGCUCCAAAGACGUUGAACAAGGAGGACCUGGAAGAGUUCAAGGAGGCCGUGGUCGACAGUCCGCUUGGAAAGCUCGAGCUGCAGAAGGGUCUCAAGACCAGGUUCCCCAAGCUCACGCACGACGCAAUCAAGGAGACUCUCGGCACGCUCUUUGCUCAGCGCGGCUUGGGUAAAGCAGACAAGAAAUGGGUCUUCGUGGGCAACUCUUGA